GAAACAUCAACAGAACCGAGCAAUGACAGACCGAUAUGGCAAGACGUGCAUCGAUAAUGUUGCCUUCGACACUCUUCCAACCAACUUGACGGCCUGCGCGGUCACAGUUGGGGGAAAUAACACCGAGAUAUUGACUCGAUGCUGUGGGGAAGGCAAUGUUGCAUUCUAUGGGCCAUACGAUUCUCCAGCAUGCAAUCUGUACUGCAACUUCACGACCCCAACUUAUGAAGAGAGCGGAGUUUUCAAAUGCAUGGAAAAAGCAAACAAUCUCACAGGCUGGGUGUGCCAAAACGAGCAGAAGAAAAGUGCGGCGUCACUUGUAAGGAAUGCCGACAAAUUGGUCUUUGCGGGUAUUGCAGUCGUGAUUCUAUUGUCUGCGGUUGUAUCCUGCUAGAUGAUGGUAUUCAGCUCAUGAAGCCCAGAGAGGAAGAGUUGAUUGUCAUGAAGCUUAACGAAGAAGGAUUCUGUUGUUCGAUGGGUGCUGUAACAGAGAUCAGAAAUUUUUACGAUGAAAACCUCUCGAGAGUCUUCAAUACCAUCACACAGGAUAGUCCUGCACAGGCUGUUAGCUAAAGACCACUUGACGAGAGCCGUAGUGCAGUGCACGCGAAGAACAGCUAUAUGCGAACUUAUCCUAUUCUUCUCUUGAUAAAUUUCAUCAUCAAUGAAACCUUUUACUGCUUGAAAGUUGAGCCGUACAAUGACCGGCCAGCUUUUUGGCCGUCGGAGAGAUUGCGACAAGACCUAAGCGCUGGGAAUAUCCCAUGCCUCAGGGCAUGAUCAUGGUGUGUCACAUUGCAUGUCUUAAGCAGAUGAAAUGAUCGGAUUAGGAUCUCGAAACCACAGACAAGAGCUAUCUCUGGUGUCCAGAGUUCCUUGGUACCCAAUACACCUCGCUCAUAGGUAUUCGUG